GUGGUGAAGCUGCUGCUUGAAAAUGGUGCCGUUGUCAAUGCGCAGGGUGGAUACUACGGCAACGCACUCCAGGCAGCUUCAAGUAAAGGACACAAGGAGGUCGUAAGGCUGCUGCUUGACAAGGACGCCAACGUUAACGCGCAGGGUGGAUACUACGGCAAUGCACUCCAGGCAGCUUCAACAGGAGGCUACAAGGAUGUGGGGAAGCUCCUGCUUGACAAAGGUGCCAAUGUCAACGCGGAGGGUGGAGAGUACGGCAACGCACUCCAGGUGGCUUCCCAUAAUGGCCACAAGGAGGUAGUAAAGCUGCUGCUUGAAAAGGGCGCCGUCCUUAACGCGCACGGUGGAUACUACGGCAACGCACUUCAGGCAGCUUCAGCA